UGUACCUAUGGAGCACCACGAUACGGUUCAGGUUUCUCAUAAUUGAUGGAACAGCCUAGGAGUAACCCACUGGUACCGAGCCGGAUCAUUAUAGGAUCGAUUGAACCUUCUACGCCUUUCUGCGAUGUUGGCGCCAAAGCUUCAACAUUCUAAGUAAACAGAAGUUUACUACGUAAGUCCGGUUGCUAAGUAUCUAUCCAGUUUAGAGCAGUUAAGAACUCAAUAGAAAUAGUGUAAAAUGCAAGAUUUGGUUAAAAAACCUCUUAAGGAGGUAGACAGUAUUUUCAAGGCUUGUAAGUAUGAUUCUGAAAAAACUGUCGAGACGGUGCUCGAGUUCUUCAAGAAACAGCUAGACUGUUCUACUAAAGACCUACUUAAGGUGCCUUCCCUGAACGACAUCCCUCAGGACCAGUUGAGGGUGGGACAACUUGUGCGCUUCAGGUGCAUGAUUCAAGACAUGUAUGAUCCUGAAUACUUCAUGCCGGCAUACCGUAAAGACGACGCUGUAAUAACUUCACUCUUUAGAGAUCCGUUUGACGAAGACUUUGGGGAUGAGAUUGUGGAUUCGCGGCCAAUGGACCGAUCUACUUGGCAUUGCAUAGCCAUACCAGCUGAGAACGAGUGGGUUAUCAACGGUUACCAUCAGGCCUUUAUUGCCCUCACCACGAGCAAGAGUGUGGAUAUAGAUAUGGCGACGAAUCAAAAUGAAGAGGUUCCAAAGAAGAAAAGCAGGUUCCAACAUGGAGAAGUAAACGAAGCGGGUCAUCUUAGACCAAACUGCUUUCCAUUACCCACUCAUCAGAAGUCAUGCAUUGUAAAGGUAUACAUGGACAAUGCGAAUAUACGGCUCAACGACGUCAUUGAGGUUAUAGGAAUCUUAUCGCAUUUUCCAGAAAAAACCGAUGAAAACCAAGCAGAAACUGCUCCUUUCGGUUCUGACGAAUAUUAUUUCAAGAAUCCCCCUAGCUCACUCGUGCCACGAGUACACGCUGUAUUUUGUAAGAAAAUUACCCACCAGAAUCCGCUCCUUGGUUACUACGUCGAGGAAGAAAGUGCCAUCGUCCGUCGAAGAGUUUUAGAAGAGGCACCUAAAUGGCGAAGUGAGUUUUUGUCUAUUCUGAAGCAAGUUUUUCUUGGCGACGAGCAAACUGCUGAAUACGUUCUUUUGCAUCUGAUAUCGAGAGUCUACGUGCGACAUGAUGUUUUGCCUCUUGGAAAAUUUUCAUUGAAUCUACGAAACGUUGCCGGUGAACAAGCGAAGCUCCUCGCUGAGUUGCUUUCACAGCUCGUAACUAAAAGUCAUCUGGUGCCAAUGUCAUUGGAAUUUCUCAACGGAACAAAGUUUAUUCCCAGCAAAGAUUAUGACCUGAACCGGCUUAAAUCCGGGCUUUUGCAAUUGUCUGAUGGCACACAUAUCAUAUGUGACGAAAAUGCACUUGAAUCUGGUCAGCUAAAUGCUAUAGGUGUCGAAAAUGUGAAGGCGUUAGGUAACAUGAUUCAAAAUCAGUCUGUUCAGUAUAAUUUCGGGUUCCAUCAAAUGGAAUUCUAUACGGACGUGCCAGUGUUAUACGUGUCCCAAGGCAAAGGUCUAAUUCGUUGUGAUUUUCAAGUAAAGUUACAGCCCACUCAGUCACUUGACAAAUUGUCUGAAGUGGCAUCUACACUUAAAGAACAUCUUACAGAGGAGUUGCUGACUAAUCUCCGUCGGUACGUCACCAUAAUGAAAAUUUCGGAUCAGAGACUCAGCGAAGAUAUGCAAAAAGCAGUACAAGAAGAUUUCGUUGCUAUGAGGACUGCCAAUUCGACCAUGACUGCGGAUGAUCUUCACAACUUGCUCGUCGUGGCUAGGUACGUGGCAUUGUCGAAAGGCGAACUGGACCUUAGUCCUGAAUCAUGGAUCCAUGCUAAAGAGCUUGAAGCUGAGCGUCUUGCUAGGUGUACUCAGAAUUGGCAGACAGCUUGAAAAAGCGAAAAGAACUUAUAACUUAUCAUUGGGUAGAUAUGUUAGACACUCAAGUAGUCAUUUGUAUGCCGGUUUCUAGUUGUUCUGGGAAAUUUCUAUGUAAAUAUAUAUUAUAUGCACAAACGA